AACCUGAGCUAGCCUUGGAAGGAUCUGGGGUAGGGGAUCGUAGAGAGGGGUUUCUCGCUGAGUGUGAACGGUACAUUGGCUGGCCUUGGGGCGUUAUGUGCCCGGUGAGCUAAGGCGACAGGCCAGUGGGGAGACGUGUGGCAUCGUGGGCACGGUGGGAAAGGUCAGGGUGCAGCACGGCUUGAGUUGGGCAGGUGUGAAAUGGAAGCGCCUGGAGCUGAGAAGCGUGGCGGUGCUGGGUGGGUGCGGGGGUCUCUGCGUGUUGGGGGUGAUUGCGGCUUCAGAUGCAGCAAGGGUGAGGGCUGAUUGUGCCAGGAGGCUCGGGGAUACACAGGGUGUGUAAGAACAGUGCCAGCCCCAGACGUGUUUCUGAGGAGCUCCGCUGUCAUCUGCACGCGUGCUCAAGGAGACCUUUGGCAAGUGACUGGCAGGUGUGUGGUGGUUUUCUUUGAGAGGGGCUGCGUGACAGUGGUCCUGGGAACGGAAUGUGCGGGCCAGGUGUGCGUGGACCGGGGGCCGGGGGAGGGCCGGGUCACUAGGGCUGAGGGGUGGAUGUUUGUGUUCUAAGGCCUGCAUGGGUGGUGAGGGCCGUGAGCCUGGGGAUACGGGUGUGUGUUUGGAGAGGGCUCAUGGGGCAGACGAGUGUGUAAGACAUGGUUUGCAGUGAGCAUGCAACAGGUAUAUAGUUUUUUAAUGAUUUGUUCUUAUUUCACGUGCAUUGGUGUUUUGCCUGCAUGUAUGUCUGUGUGAGGUGUCGGAUCCUCUGGAAAUGGAGUUACAGACAGUUGUCAGCUGCCAUGUGGGUGCUAGGAACUGAAGCUGGGUCCUCGGAAGACAGACCAUCUCUGUCUUAAGUGCUGAGCCAUCUCUCCAGCCCUCAAGGCAUAUAUACAUAUGUAAAGAAAGAAUCCCGGAAUUCACUCAUCAUCUGGGGCCCUGAGCUGUCUGUAAACCUCUUACCACAGCCCGCACAGCCAUGGACAACUCCAGCGAACAGGAACUCCAGCAGCCCUUACUGCCAAGCCCGGCCUCUGACCUCCUGGCUCCCAGGUCUGGCACACCAGAGCUGGGACCCCCCUUCCCAGGAGCAGCCUUUUCAGAGUCCCCGAGAGGCUGGCAGUUCCUUCUCCCACCUCUUUCUUCAGUGAGCGCUGGCCUGGGGGAACCUGAGAGCCCUGAUCUUGAGGACACAUCAUCCAGUGACAGUGACUCAGACUAUGACCAGGAUGACCGCCUCUCACCAGUCCUUCCCCAUGACCACCUCGGCCUGGCUGUCUUCUCUGUGCUGUGUUGUUUCUGGCCUGUGGGCAUCGCUGCCUUCUGUCUGGCCCACAAGACCAACAAGGCUUGGGCCAAGGGGGACCUCCAAGGGGCAGGGGCCGCCUCCCGCCGAGCCUUCCUGCUGGGGGUCCUUGCCGUGGGGCUGGGCCUGUGUACGUAUGCGGCUGCCCUGGUGACCUUGGCUGCCUACCUUGCCUCCCGAGACCCGCCCUAGUUGCCCUCCGGCCCCCACUGUGAAUGCAGAGGCCACAGCUCCAGCAACCCCGUGAGCAGAAGGAUCUUGAUGCCGAUGGUGGUGACUUCGAGGACCACGUGAUCCAGAACUGCAUCAGCUGGAGGCCCCCUCCCUUUCCUGGUCACCCCCACCCAGAAGGAAGCAAUUUAAGAGAUUAAAGAUACCGAGAGGCCAAA